AUGCAAAGGAUUUAUACUAGAAUUGUACCAGCAAUCAAACAUGUUCCUCGUGUCGUCUUCUUAUAUCUUGAACCUACUGUUAUUGAUGAAGUUCGUACUGGAACUUAUCGUCAAUUGUUCCACCUUGAACAAUUCAUUAAUCGGAAGGAAAAUGCUUCUAACAACUUCGAUAGAGGUCACUACACAAUCGGAAAAGAGAUUGUAGAUCUGUGUUUGGACAGGAUCAGAAAGCGUGCUGAUAACUGUACUGGUUUACAAGGCUUUCUUGUUUUCCAUGAUGUUGGUGGUGGAACUGGAUCUGGUCUUGGAUCUUUAUUGCUUAAGAGGCUUUCAGUUGAUUACAGGAAGAAAUCCAAACUUGGGUUCACUGUAUACCUUUCACCUCAAUUUUCCACAUCUGUUGUUGAACCUUACAAAUCAACUCAUUCUCUAUUGGAACACACCGAUGUGUCUGUGCUUCCUGACAAUGAAGCUAUCUGUGACAUCUACAGAAGGUCCCUUGACAUUGAAAGACCUGCUUACACCAACCUUAACAGGCUUGUUUCUCAGUUUAUUUCAUCUUUGAUUGCAUCACUUCGAUUUGAUGGAGCCUUGAAUGUGGAUGUGACAGAGCAGCAAUAA